CUCUCCGCUGCAAAAUAUUCCAAUAAUGGCUGCUGCCUCGAGAAAUUUGUCCGCCGUUGUCGUGGUCCUAGCGUGCGCGGUGGCCGUGGCGGUAACCCAGGUGGCCGAAGCCGCGGUGUCAUGCGACGACGUGAGGAACGAGAUCGCCCCGUGCUUCCCGGCUGUGGUGGUCGGCGGUGGGACGGUGCCGCUGCCCAUGUGCUGCGACGGGGUUAAGGCCGUCAAAGACGCAGCUAAGAGCGCAGAGGACCGGCAGGACGCCUGCCGCUGCAUCAAAUCGGUUGCCGAUGGGAUCCCCUACAUCAACUAUACAUUAACAGCAGAGCUUCCUCGCAAAUGCCGGGUUCAAAAAUUUUUCAUGGUCUUCUCCAACACCACCGACUGUUCCAAAAUUAAUUAGGGAAGAAGCUAAACGAAUAAGCCAUUUGCAGGUAGAUGAUUCAGUACUGCACAUGUAUCCGUCAAAAUAAAUAGCACAUCGGAUGAUUACUUAUUGAAUAGCAGUUCCAUAUUGUAGUCUUUUUAUUUUAUUUUUUUCACUUUUUUAUGUCUUUUUGUGUAUUAAUUAUAAUGUUGUUGCAAAAGUACACCUAGCUAGAUUGAUUCUGUGCC